ACAAAAUGGCGUCCAUGUUGCUGUGCUGCAGACGAGCAAGGUUUUCAUUCUCUUCUCGUAUUUUAUCCAAAACAUUUACCAGUCUGACUCCAAGCCACUGUUCACCGGGGGAUAAAUUUCAUUCUUCUUCAGUCAAAAUAAUUUCAAACCUUCAUCUGCGUUUGUGUUCAACUGCAAACGUCAAAACUGAUAAGAAUCUUCUCUCCAAGCUGAGGAAAUCAACUGGUUUUGGUUUCUCCAAAUGCCGAGAAGCACUUGUUUUAAACAAUAAUGAUUACAGUGCUGCUGAGGCCUGGUUACAUGAGCAGGCAGAGAAGGAGGGAUGGGCCAAGGCAACAAAGUUACAAGGGCGUGCGGCAUCGGAGGGGUUAGUAAGUGUGAUGGUUGAUAAUGAAGAUACCAAUCUGGCUGCUAUGGUUGAGGUUAAUUGUGAAACAGACUUCGUAGCAAGAAGUGACAUGUUUGUAGACCUCAUCACCAUGGUAACCCAUGCAGCCGUAGGUCACCGUAAGGCUGUGGUCGAACAAAAUCGUAAACUCAACAUGUUUGGAGACUCGUCUGUCCAUUUAAGGGAAGUGCUUCUGACCCAUGACCUCCGAGACCUCAAAACCAAGAAUGGCACUCUGGAGGAACUGGUUGCCAAGACGAUAGGAAAACUUGGUGAGAAUAUCAAGCUUGGUAGGGCAAUCACCAUGACAACCGAGUCAGAUAAUGUAUUUGGUAGCUAUGUACAUGGUCCUUUUGUUAAAAAUAUUAAUAAUUGUUCUGUCGGCAAGUUUGGGGCCAUAGUAGCACUAAAGCCACUACGUACUGAUGUUAAUAAUGAGCAAAUAUCAGCUUUAUCUAGUAGGCUUGCUCAACACAUUGUUGGCAUGAAUCCAAAAGUUAUCUCGAAGAGUGCAACAGAUAAACCUAAUGAAGGCUUUGAUGAGAGUGACGUCUUAGUUGAGCAAGAGUAUCUGCUCGAUGGUUCAUUAACCGUUGGUGAGUUGUUGGAGAGAGAAGGUGUUAAAGUGGUGGAUUUUGUAAGGUAUGAAUGUGGUGUAAUCUGAAAUAGUUUUAAUCCUAGACAAUUAUUUAAACUUUAUAUUAUAUCCCCUGUAAAAAGCAUUUAGUGCUUAUAUUUUUUACCUAUAUGAUGAUUGCAAAACAUGAUAUAUCCUAAUGGGCUCCCAUUCAAUCAACUCUGAAUGGGAGAUUCAUAACCAUCAUUUCAUAGGGGUUUUUCAUAUGAUAUCACGCUGUAGAGAAAUUUGUUUAAUAUUCAAAGUUCUCAUACCAAUAUUAGAAAAAAACUAUUAAGUUUCAUGAAGAUUGCAAGUGAAGAUUUUUUUUGACAUGAAAUUUCACCAAAUUUGUCUGCAGUGGUGGAUCCAGGGGGGGUUCGAAGGGUUCCACGGAACCCCCCUUGAAGGUUUGAUCUUUUAGGUAGUAGAAAUGUGUCUUAUAUAAAUUUUGCUUAAAAGUAU